UACGUCAGGUUAGGAAGAGAGUGGGGUGUCUUUCUUCGACAUCUGCGCAUUUCUUGCGCUCGCUCAGGGGAAAACUCCAAAACAAGCAACAUGGCGGAUCCGAGUGACGAGCCUGCUUCGUCGAGCGGUGUCUCGGAACAGGCCGGUACGCCGGCGGCGGCCACGGCCGCUGCGACGCCGAUGCGCGAGGACCUAGAGAAGGCCGAGGACUUCCUCGAGCCGGACAAGAAGCGUCGCAAAGUGGUGCGCGGCGAUGGCAACAAGACUGAACAGAAGCUGGAGCACCGCUUGGGCGGUAUCCUCUGUUGCGCAGUUUGCCUCGAUCUGCCUCGAUCGGCUGUCUAUCAGUGUACUAAUGGACACUUGAUGUGUGCUGGUUGCUUCACACAUGUCCUCGCAGAUGCUAGGCUGCGGGAUGAGUUGGCAACAUGCCCCAACUGUAGAAUCGAAAUCAGCAAAACUUCCGCAUCUCGAAAUCUGGCAGUAGAAAAAGCUGUAUCUGAGUUACCUGCUGAGUGUCAAUAUUGCGCGAAGGAGUUUCCGCGUAACUACGUAGAACAUCAUGAGGAAGCUAUGUGCGAAGAAAGGAUAUCUAGUUGCAAAUUCAGCAGGAUCGGUUGUCCAUGGCGUGGACCGAAUCACGAGCGUCUGGAACAUGAGGCUCACUGCGUUCAUCCCCAUCGUACGGGUGCGGAUGUGAUGGAAGCUUUGCUCGAUAUCGAUGCCCGAACUUUAGAAGAACGUAGGCUCUAUGACAAUGUUUUUGAUCUUUUGUCCUACGAGAAAAUCACAUUCAACGAUUUACAGAUGAAGCCGUAUCGUACUGAUGAAUUUGUUCACAAACUUUUUUACGAAACCUCACGAUUUUCGGCUUUCAAUAACCAGUGGGUAGUAAAGGCGAGGAUCAAUAGUAGUCAACGUGACCCUACACAGAGUUCAGAACGAGACAUGACUUAUCAACUAAUUCUAAAGUCAAAGACUACAUAUCCUCUACCGCUUCAUUAUUUGAUCUUGAAAGGACCGUUUGGCGACAUGAAAGUGCAACCGAGAAUUCAUAGAUUCGAAUUCACUGAACAGGAUAAUGAGAGUCCAUAUCUACCAUUACCAUUACCGGACACGGCCGAGUGUAAUAGACUUCUCGCCGCUAAAGCUAUCAAUUUUAGACUAAUAAUGUUCCUGGCAUCUAAGUAACUUACGAUAAUAUCUAUUGCCAAGGUUUUAUCGCGAACCGAGUCGAUGGACAAGAGAGAUAUUCUAAUGAUAAUAAAAAUAUAGAUUACAGAGAUUUAUAAUCAUUUAUAUUAGCGAUAUCAUCAUGAUAAUAAUAACAAUAAUAAUAGAAUAAAUAAUAAAAAAGA